UCACCCAGAAGGGCGGGAGGUGCAGGGCUCGGACGCGACGCGGGCUCGGUCCCGCCGGCCCCCCGGGAGGGGCUGGCCCUGGCCGCCCGGGAGGCUCGGCGAGGUGCGGCCAGGGCUACGAGCGUUUCCUGCCCCGCAGCUCCAACGACACCGGGGCCCACCUGAAGACCGGCCUCUUCCAGAAGCUCUGGGAGGGGGAGCUGUGCGACAGGGUGUUCGCCAGGCUCGACACGGACAGCUGCGUACAGCAGAACAUGGGCGAGGGCAGCGCCUCGGCCGAGGACGGCCGGGUGGUGCUACGUCAGCCCCGCGUGCAGCUCCGGCAGGCUCGACGUGCGCAGCCCCGCCGCGGCGGGCGGCGAGCCCCUCGGCCUCAGGAUGUGCCUCCCCGGGGUCGACCGCUUCCUCUACGAGAAGUCGCCGCAGGAGCUGCAGGAGGUCGCGUCUCGCUGGGGCCUCGACAUGGGGCACCUUGUGAAGCUGGCCUACCCGACCAUGGGGGCCAGCUGGGAGAAGGUCUCCGCGUUCUUCACGAUGAACAACAGGUCCCUGCUUGGGGCCGAGGUCUCCACGAGGUUGAGGCGGACAGCCGCGCGGGGCAACACGGUGGUGUGGAGCUCCAGGAACGGCCUGCCGCCCUUCGGCGUGACCAGGGGCACCCAAGCCUGGGAGGUGGGCCUCCGCCCCCGUGCAAGGAGGGCCGUGCUGAGCGACCCGGACAGGCUAGAGGUCUGGGCCAGCGUGACGAAGUUCCGCUGCCUGAGCGGCUGCUCUGGCAGACGGCCGCUCGGCGACGCAGCCGUCCUGCCGCUCGGCGGGGACGCUGUCCUGAAGCCCAGCGGCGCCCUGUCGGGCCCGCCGCCCCCCCGCGGGUUGCAGCUCGGCGCGCCUUGGGCGCGCGGGCGCGGGGUGGUGCAGAUGCGCAGGAGCAGGACUCGAAGAAGAACAAGAAGGAGAAGGGUGACCAUCAGAAGCUCAUUCAGGUGCAGGCUUGAGCGGUGCCAUGGAGCCUGCGGCAGUGGCGCGAUCCCUAUAGAUGGGUUCCCUAUAGAUGGGUUUGCUCGCGCUCCUCCUUCACACGCUCAUUCCUCCCCCUCCUUUCAGCCCUCUCACCCCAGGCCGCUUCGCAGCCGCUGCUUCAUGCUCGCCCCCUGAAUUCGCAGGUGCGCCCGUGGCGUGGCCGCACUGGUGUUGGGUGUGGUCUCGCCGGGCACCGCCAUAAUUCAUAACUUUUGAAGUGAAUUCGGCACAGCCCUGCCCAGGGCCGACGACGGCCGCAGCGGGGGGCGAACCAAAGGCGCGAGCGCGGGCCCUCUCUCUCGCGGGUGGGGACAGCCCCGCCCGCCCGCCGCACACCGGCCCCGCCCGAGGCAGCACGUGGGCAUUGAAGGGCGAAGAGUUGAGCUUGACGCUGACGUCGAGACGUCGUAGCGCUAGUGAGUGA